AAGGGGGAAAAAAGGGAAAAUAGGGCGAGGUGAAGUAGUGAUUGUACCAGAGUGUGGCUCAGAGCGGUUGGCUGAUGACGUGAAGUGUUGCACACACAUCUGGAACAGCUUGAGCAGCUGCACCUGAAGAGAAGAGCUCCUCCGCAAAGCCUCUGCCGGCACUUUCUCUUUCUACACUCCUGCUCUUUUUUUUUUUUCUGCCUCCCCUGUUUUCUCUUGCAGUCUCUAAAUCUUUCUGGUUGCCGCCUGUCGGAGCGCUGGGAUGGUUACCCGCUGUGCAUCAGCAGAGAGGAGCGAGUGAACCGAAGCGAAAGAGAAGAGGGGAGACAAGGCACAAGGGGACAGUUACAUGGGAAAGAAUUAUUAAGCACGAGGUAGGAGAGCGAAGUUGACAACCAUGUUAUGAGCGUAAGUGAAGAAGAAGAGAGUGAGAGCGAGAAAAUCUACAGAAAAAGAGAAGGAUGGAGAAGGAGAGAGUGUCAACGAGAGGGGGAUUAAGAAGCCGGAAUGCGCUGACACUGGAGACCUGAGUUUCUGUUUGCAUUUGGCACAGCACAUCCUGUCACUCCACAGGUUUACCCACACAUAGCACCGAUUUACCAACACACACACUUGUGUUUGCUUUGGAGGAUGAUCCCAGGAGGCCACGCCAGGAGAAGAGAACACCUUCCAAGGAGCUAUUAACCCCCCUCUCCCCCCCUCACCCUGAGUUUGCCUCCCACCCAGCUUCCCAAAAGUGCCCUCCCUCCCUCCCUCCGGCCCUCUCAGCCUACCUGCACUAGUCACAACACGCUGGAGCCGAAGAGUCACCGAGUCACACUCACUAAGAGCUGAGAAACCCCUGGAUUGCCUAUGGGACACAGUUGCGUUCACACUGGCUGAGAAAGACCGAGGAGCUUUACUGAUCCGCUGACCUGCAGGAUGUCUAAAGCCUCCAGGCUGGCCCGGCCCCCCUCUGCAGGGGCCGCGUCCAAGCUGCCCUCCCCGAGGAAAGAAUGCCCUGGCACGGCUGCCGUGGCCGGUCGAGCCCGGGUGCUGAGCGUGGGGGAGAAGCUGAUGAGGGCAGGUAGUGAUGGGAUCCUGAACAGACAGAAGUCUUUACCGGCCACUGCGCCACAGGACAAACCACAGAGCGAGACUCAGGGUGAGUCUCAGGCCCCGAGCCAGAGUCCAGGUGAGAAGGGCCAGAAUGUGGACCCUCCCAAGAGCAAGAUCAGCCCACCUAAAGCUCAGCAGCAAGGCUCUGUGCACAAACAAACCAAAAGCAACCUGAAGGUAACCUCCCCAGAGGACGCUGAGCGUGUAAGCCGCAGGCAGGCUUCCCCAAAUGGGACGGCUUCUUCCAGAGGGGACUCCAAAGGUGGCCGCACUGUCCCUCGAAGGCACACGUUAGGAGGAGCCCGCAGCUCCCGGGAGAUCCUGGCUAUGCAGCCGUCAGAUAUGGACAAGAAGAGGGAGGCCUUCCUGGAGCACCUGAAGCAAAAAUACCCCCAUCAUGCCUCUGCUAUCAUGGGCCAUCAGGAAAGGCUGCGGGAGCAGUCUUUGCAGGGCAUGCUCUCCUCCCUUCACUCUGAGCUUGACAUUCAGAGGUAUUUGAUGAAAAUCCAAUUGCCCCACAGAAGCAGAAGCCCAAAGCACGGCCCCAGCCCCCAGCCCAGUGUCGGCGACCAGGUCGACCACCUCUCCCUGGCCUCCCUGGAAUCGCUGGACGCCAUGUCCGAGACUGAUGCGCCCACAACCUUCACCCGCGGCAGUCGGGUUCGUGCCAGCCUGCCUGUGGUGCGAUCAACCAACCAGACAAAGGACCGCUCACUAGGUGUACUGUACCUGCAGUACGGGGACGAGACCAAACAGAUUCGCAUGCCUAAUGAGAUCACCAGCAUCGACACAAUCAGAGCUCUGUUUGUUAGUGCCUUCCCGCAGCAGCUCACCAUGAAGAUGCUGGAGUCGCCCAGCGUUGCUGUCUACGUCAAAGACGACAUGAGGAACAUGUACUACGAGCUCGCUGAUGUCAGGAACAUCACAGACCACUCCUGCCUGAAGGUUUACCACAAAGAUCCAGCACAGGCCUUCAGCCAUGGAGCCCGACCUGCCAACGGCGAUGCCAGGAUGCACAACGAGAUGGCACAUGCCAGCCGCGAUGGCCAGCACCCUCUAAGACAUCCCCCGAUGGGUCCCCCAGCACAUCACCCCAUGCAGGGAGCACUCCCCCCGACUCCCCACUCCAUGCCUCCAUCCCCCUCCAGAAUCCCAUUUGGCCCACGACAGGGAUCUAUACCUGGGAACGCCACUAUUCCCAGAGACCGACUGUCUAACGCCAACCCUCCAGCCCGCUCCAUCUCGCCCUGUCCCAGUGCCAUCCUGGAGAGGCGGGACGUCAAGCCGGAUGAGGACGUGGGAGGGAAGAGCCACAGUCUAGCUCGGGGAAAUGAGGGCUUGUAUGCAGAUCCGUACCUGCUCCAAGAGGGGCGGAUGACAAUGGCUGCAGGCCACGGACCACACCCCAACCCUGGGCUUGAGGGUCCAGAACACGGUUUGGGGGGAUUUCACCGUGCCUCCAUCCGCUCCACAGGCUCCUACAGUGGGCCCAGCCCCACAGACACUAUGGAUCACCCUUCACUGUACAGGCAGAAGUCCAGAAACAGUCAGCUGCCCACUUUGGGUUCCAAGACUCCUCCUCCAUCCCCUCAUCGGAUGACUGAGGUCCGGAUGAUUGACAUCCAUAGUGGGCCUCCUCAUGGUGUUCCACCUCAUGGUGUUCCACCUCAUGGUGUUCCAUCUCAUGGUGUUCCACCUCAUGGUGUUCCAUCUCAUGGUGUUCCACCUCAUGGUGUUCCCAUGGAGAGAAGCUCACCAGUGCGCCAGUCCUUCAGGAAGGAGGAAGUAGCGGGGACUAAACCCCGGAACAACAUGGGAUCACCUGUGGUUACAGACAUCCAGGGUCACAUCCAGGGGCCCAUCCCAGCUGCCAGUGACCAUCAGACACGAGAGCGAAUGAAGGCUAUGGAGCAACAGAUUGCCAGCUUGACUGGUCUUGUUCAGCAUGCACUUUUAAAGGGCCCAAACACUAGUGGCACCAAGGAGCCUCUAAGUGAGAGGCCACCGAAGACCUCAUCUCCAGCCCACAGUGCACAUAGUUCAGGUGGUUCUCCAGUUUUAGCUCCCAAGAGUAAUGCAGCCCCAUCAGAGAAGAGCUCAGUUCCUCUCAAAGUCAACCUCCUGCAGUUCAGGAAGAACGUUUCUGACCUCAGGAUGCAACUCCAUCAGAUGAGACAGCUGCAGCUCCAGAACCAGGAGGCAUUACGGGUGCAGCUGAAGCGUGCCGAGCAGGAAAUCAGUAUUAAACUUGCAGAGGCCAUGCGGCGUCUGGAGGACCCUGUCCAGAGGCAGAGAGCUUUGGUGGAAGAAGACAGGCACAAAUACUUGGGUCUGGAGGAGCGUGUCCUCGCACAGCUCAGUGAGCUGGAGCAGUUUGUGGGUUCUCUGCAGAAGGAUUCAGCAACAACACAAAGAGUUGUGACUCUAAAGGAUGUAGAAGAGGGAGCAGUAACUCUGAGGAAGGUGGGAGAGUCUCUGGCGGGGCUCAAAGGAGAGUUUCCAGCCCUGCAGACCAGAAUGCGUGCUGUGCUCAGAGUGGAAGUGGAAGCUGUCAAGUUUUUGAAGGAGGAGCCUCAUAAACUGGACAGCAUGCUGAAAAGGGUCAAAAGCCUGACUGAUACACUCAGCAGUCUGAGAAGAAGUGCUACUGAGUUUUCUCAGAAGGGACCUGAUCCUUCCACUGCUGUCUCAGUGGAUAACAGCCCUGCAGCAGCAGCAGCAGAAGCCCCACUAGAGCCUCAGACCUCCACCAUCAGAUCCGAGGUGAUGCCUUCCUCCCCAGUGGUCAUCCAUCAUGUCCAGAGCUCCCCGGUCCACAUGCAGCAGUCCCAGCAGUCUGCGGCCUUGACAGCUCAGCCUAGCCCCCCGCUCACCCCCAGCCCCACUCACGUCCCCAGUCCCAACCUGAGCAAAAGUCAAGGCCGGGAAUCUCCAAAAGCGGCAGCCUCCGAUCCACCAAGUCCCGCCCGCCAGAAGAAGACUCAGGGGAACCCGGUGAAUAAUGGAAACGGCACUGCCAACCAGGAUCUGGUCAUAGAAGAGCUUCAGAACAGUCAGGACAAGAGCAAAAACAGAGCUAUGUCCAUAGAGGCAGCUGAGAAGGAGUGGGAAGAGAGGAGGCAGAACAUGGGUCAUUAUGAUGGAAAAGAGUUUGAGAAGAUCCUUCAAGAGGCCCAGGCCAACAUGAUGAAGGGAAUUCCUAGUCUGGAGGUGGAAGAGAACCCAGCACUGCCUCCUGCUGCCACUGCAGAACAAAACAUCACCCACAGCCCUGCCGAGUCCCCAUCAGAAGAGCCCCAGACAGAGCCUCAGUCAGAAAAACCAGCUAAGAAGGGGCCUGAGAAACUCCCCAAGCCUCUGAUGGAGAAACCUGCCAAGCCAGCACUGGAGAGACCCUCCAAAACUGCCAUCAGGCCUGCAGCCCCAGACAGUUUGACCAGGCAGGGGUCUGACAAAGCGAGCAAGUCUCCACCUCCACCUCCUCCAAGGAAAACCUACCCCAGCUCCAGCUCAGGCAUGACCACCACCCGCUCCGGGGAGGUGGUCUACACCAACAGGAAGGAGUCCGUCGCAGCUCAGGAGGGUGAAGAGGAGGCUCCACCUCCGUCUCCCCAACCGAAGCCCACAAAGGUUCCACCAGAGACCAAGCCGAAGCCAGCCACCCCUCCUCCUGUCACCGCCUCUGUUACCAGAGAAGAGGAGGAUGAAGGAGACAAGAUCAUGGCAGAGCUUCAGGUUUUCCAGAAGUGCACAGUUAAGGAUGUAGGGCUGAAAAAUUUGGUAGAGCCCACCCCUCGAAUUGAACCGCAAAUCAGAGAACUAAGACCGGGGGCUUUAUUGCCCCUCAAAGAGAAAAAGCAGAGCUCAGAGCCCAGUCGAGAGGAUAAAGAUCCAGACACAGAUGAAAAUGGGAAUACUACUGUACGACAGAGCCAAGGGGUUAUAUAUUAUGUGACUGGCCAGAUUCCCAAAGAUCAUCCACCCCCAUCAGGAACGGAAGACACCUCCGAACACAGAGAGCCCACACAGCCUCCAACACAGGUGUCAAAUGUCAAUGUUAAUGACAAUUCUUCAAGUCAGCAACAGCAGCAGCAGCAGAAGCCACCGCCUCUGUCUUCACCACCCAAAUCACCUGUAACACCUCCACCUAUUUCACCCAAACCUGUGGGACUGAAUGGAUUCAAACUGCCAAGAAAACCAGCUAAACGCUCUGAAUCAUUGAAGACGAGUGCAGAAAUGCAGAAGGGAAAAAUCCUCAACAAAAUGAACACAGAAAAGAAAAAUAAGGUCAACCAGGAGAAUGUUUCCUCUAGUAAGAAUAUAAUACCUGAACCAGUGGUAGCCACAACAAUUAGUGCUGUAAAAGAGGCACCUAAGCGUUUAGUUCCUCCACCCAAAAAGACUUCUAGUAAGCAAAGCGAGCCACCUAAAGCUAAUGCUGAAGAUAGUGAUGAUGGGGCUAGUCUUUGUCCUGACCAACCAGGAGAGGAAGCACCUCCACCCCCAGACAACGUUGCAUUUAUGAUCACCAACACCAAAGUUCAGGCUUUGUCUUGUGGCGAGUACCAAGAACUGGUCAAUGCCAAGAAAGGAAGCGUCCAGACUGUUACUGUAGGCAAUGCAGCAAACCGAGGUAACACCCCAGUAGAUCCUUCGGUACCACAGGAUAAUGGCUUCAACAAGAAGCCUGUGAUCAUCAUCUUUGACGAACCGAUGGACAUCCGUUCAGCUUACAAGCGUCUGUCCACCAUCUUUGAAUGUGAGGAGGAACUGGAUAGGAUGCUGGCGGAAGAGCGCAUCGAUGAGGAGAGUGAGGAGUCUGACUCAGAGAAGAGUAGUGGGCUGUCGGUAAAAGCGGGAGAAACCACGGUGGUUGAUGGCAAAAAGGUGACCCACUCACAGGGCACUGCUGAUCACGCCAGCUUAUCAUCCUCAUCUUCAUCCUCAAUAUCUGAACUAACAGACAGCGGAGUAAAUCAAGAGUCAAAUGGAGAUGCCAAGCAGGAUGGUAAGAAGAAGUUCAAGUUCAAAUUCCCUAAGAAACAGCUGGCAGCGCUGACUCAAGCGAUUCGCACGGGCACCAAGUCAGGCAAGAAGACUCUGCAGGUGGUCGUGUAUGAAGACGAGGAAGAAUCUGAUGGGACUAUCAGGCAGCACAAGGAAGCAAAGAGAUUUGAGAUUGCGCGUUCGAAAUCCCUAGCAGAAACACCCAAGGGAACAGGCACCACUGUGCUGAAGAAGCAAAACUCCGACACCCUCUGCAGGACAGAUGAGAUUCGGAAGAACACCUACAAGACACUGGACAGCCUGGAGCAGACCAUCAAGCAACUAGAGACCACCAUUAGUGAGAUGGGGCCACGCUCCCCCGAGGAGCCGGUCGGCCCUGAGGAGGCAGAAGCUGGGAAUGGGAAAAAUUCAGAAGGAGUGGGGCUGAAGAGGUCUUCCUCUCUGCCUACCUCCAGAGGGCAUGGCCCUAAGGUACCCAGCAAAGGUUCAUUGCAGAAGAAGACAAAACCUCAGCUGCUUCCUCGCCCUGUAAUCCCUUCUACCACCAACACCGUCACCACCACCACCACUACUGUCCCCAGCACCGUACAACAGAACACCAGUGUCGCUUCCCCUACUAGUCGGAUGCCCGUCCCUUUAUCCGCGAAGUCCAGGCAGUCACCGGGCACAACUGACAAAGCAGGAAAACAACAAAAACUGCAGGACGCUCAGAGGCAGUUCCGACAGGCUAACGGAAGUGCUAAAAGAGUGGGAGGGGAUCAUAAAACAACUUCCCCCACUGUACCCAUCUCUAAAAUCCCUGCUUUUUAUCCUAGCUCUACUAAAGGCAGCUCCCAGUGUGCGCCAAACUCAGAUGCUACUAAUCCCAUUAACCCUUCUUCCUCCUCCUCCUCCUCUUCCUCCUCUGUGACCAAGUCCUCCACGCUGUCCUCUCGUUCCGGUUCCCUGCCCUCUUCCCACAUCCCCUCCCUGUCUAACGGAUCCCUCAAACUGCCCUCACAGCACACAGGUAAAGCUCUGUCGUUCUCCUCGCAGACCCCCAACGGUCGAGUGCACUCCUCCUCCUCCUCCUCUUCAUUCUCCUCCUCCUCCUCCUCAUGCUCCUCCUCCUCCCCCUCCCCUCUGUCGCCCACACCUUUGGGCCCAGGUGGAAAGAGCAUCCGCACCAUACACACCCCCAGCUUCACCAGCUACAGGUCCCACAACGGCAGCAACGGAAAAUCCUGCAUCCCAACAGCCACAGCAGCUAAGGACACUACUUAGUACCAUAAUCGCAUAGCAGGUAGACCUUGGUCAUGUUUUAUACUAUAUAGUUUUGGUUUCGUGUUUUCUUUUUCUUCUGUUUUUGAAAGUUUUUGUAAAAGUAUUAAGUGAUGCACUCCCUCAACUCAUCUUUUAUUUGACACUGGCAUUCACACACUUUUGUUCAUUUUCAAAUUUUGCUUCAUACUUACUUGGAUUUUGAUUCUCUCUUGAAGGUGUAACGGAAAAUAUGUUGUAAUGUAACUAAAAAUAACCUAUUUAGUUUCGCCACUUUUUAGCUGAAGUGGAAGGCGUUCAUGUUGAAAAUAUAUUUUCUUGCUGUAGCUACGAAUAGGGAAUUUAGAGUUGAUGUACAAUCACAAAAUAUCAUGUAAAAAUUGUGUUUUAUUUUUGAAACGACAGAUUGAAUAACCAUAGUAUAUUUAAUCUUCUAUAUUUCUUAUGUUGCCAGACAUUCAACGCAGCCCUUGUAAAUGCCUUUUAAGAAUGUAUACACAAUGUAUACACACAUUUAAACACAUGUAACUUUAGUUUUCUAAGAGUAUUUUCUCAUUCUCCACCCAUUGGAACUGCCAAUUUAUUUUACAGAUGUUCAACUGGUAUCAUGAGUAAUCAAGUUUUCAUUUUAUUGUGCCUAUUUGCCAAAGUUGUGUAUAAUGACUCACUUCAGGCCUAACCCAGUCAUGAGCUUUAGGGGAAUUUACAUGCACUCUCUUGGUGUGAUGGCUGAAGUGCUGACCUCAGUGGUUGUACUGCUGGUCUCGGUUUGUUAAGUUAACAUGUAUUGUUGUCUAAAUGUAAUCUGUACUUAAAAAAAAGUGAUAAAACUGUUCUACCACGUGUACAUAAAGGCUUCUACUAAGAAAAAUAAGUAGUUUUGUUAACAUACCAAAGUUUAUUUGUAUGCAUGCCUUUCAGAUACUUUAGGAGAGUGGUGUAAAAGAAGAAUCAUGUUUGCACAGAUAGAUUUUGUAAAUAUUUGGUUUUUCUCUCUUUUUUUGUAAAGCUUUAAAUCAUACUAUAAAGGAGCAAUGUGGUAAAGACAAAACUGUGUUGGAGUAGCAAAAAAAUAAAGACUUGCAUGCUUGUAGUGCAUUGACCUUCA